CGUUUUAACUACAAGAUCUUGAAUUAGCAAUGAACUCUGUGCAAUGCCUGACUCCAUGACUUGUGUGUAGAUCGAGGACACGGAGGUGCUCCCGGCCAUUGACAGCAAGGGCAAGCAGCCCCUUCACCCAAUGCCCGACGAGGUUGAGCUGCCGCCCACCGCCGAGGAAGACCCGAAGACGCCUGAGGGUGGCGACGACGAGGGCAUGGAGGAGCCCCCCAGCAACAAGCGCCGCAACUACGGCCACUACCAUCAGGAGGAUGGCCCAACUCACUUCUGCAAGGUCAUCCUUGCACCGAAGCUUGAGUGCAUCCCCAUACUCCUGGACUUCACCAAGCACUUUGUCGUGGUGCCGACGGAGUUCAAACUCAGGAACAACACCGGCUGCUCCUGGAAGAUGACGGUCAAGCUGAUGAACGGCAGGGUGACCCUGGAUCAGGGUUGGGCCACCUACGCAGCCGUUCAUCAGAUCAAGAUCGGCUACAUGGUGACGUUCAAGCUCCUCACUCCUGACACCCUCAAGGUCAUCAUCUUCGAUGACGAUGGCAUUGAGGUCGUCAACAAGUGCGGGAAGCACGACGAAGCCUUCGCCGCCAAGGAGUAGGGCCGGGCCACCUCUUUCGAGUGUACUAUCG